CCGACUGCACCCCAGCGAGGCAUUCACUCUCGGGAGCUUGAGAAGAAAGGUGUUCAAAGCUAAACGGUGAUAAAACAUGGCGUUGCGAGGAACACUGGCCAGACUGCCUGCUCUGAGGUCUUCGCUUGUGACCACAAGCCCAAGAAUCGUGGCGGUUCCUGCCAGGCAAACCCACAGCACGGAGGAUAGGCUCCAGGUAGCCCCCGCCGCUGGAGCGGUUGUGUGUAGCAGUGCCAUUCCUGUUGGAAAAUUAGGACUGAGAGAUCACCAUAUCAACAGGCUGGAGAAGUAUUUGCUGGUUUGGGGAGGAAAGUACAACAGCAUCGCAGAUGUCCCUGACUUGGUGAGCCAAGACACCCUGGAACGCGCCCGUAACAAGGCAAGAAUCAAGAUCAACAUCUGGAUGGGCGUCGCCACCCUGCUCGGCUGCGUCUACAUGAUCUGGUCGGGCAAGAAGGCCCACCGGGAGGGCCAGUCUCUCCUGGCCAUGAACGCGGAGUGGCACAGGAGAGUGAACGAGGAGGCGAGGCUGGCCAGGGCGAGAAAGGAUCGUCUGGGGGACAUGGCAGAGCUGUAGGGAGGGAAUCUCUGCUCACUGGGUGACGCUGAUGUGUCUUUAGCUGGAGGGAUUGUUAAACCUAUUUCUCUUUUUGUGUUUUUGAAAGGCUAAGUGAAGGGGUAGGAUAUGGCUCCGGCGUCAGGGAAAGGCACAAAGGAAAGGAAACAGCGCGUUUUCGUGGUACGUUCUUCAGAUAACACUUUUCAGUAAUGGGGAAAGGUGUUUAUUUCUUGAACAAUCUGAGAUUCUAUUGAGAUAGCAUUUGAACCAUGCUUCGCAUGCAUUAUCAUAUGGCAAUACCCA